AUGAAGUACUCGCUCGUCUUUGUCGCGCUCGUCGCCACUGCCACGGCCAACGUCUCGGCUCUCCCCGCCGACGCUACCAAGCCGACCUCCGCCUCGGAAGUCGAGAACCCCUAUUUUCCCAAGGAACACGGGGUGACAGUAUCACAAGGACCACGCAUCACAGACUCAAAUCCGUAGUAAGUACUUCGGCCCUGGACUAGAAGGUUUUUACUUUGAAUCUUCGCUUACUUCUCCCCAUCCCAUGGAUGCAGUGAAAGCCUUGUGAAUUGUAACAAUGAUAAAUGCACUGGGUGCAAGUGAGUUCCCACCCCUGACCGAAAGCGAUGCACUCUCUUCAAGAAGUCGGGCUGGCAGCUGCCACGUGCCCGAAGCAGCCAUGAUAGCUAACUCUGUGCGCAUUGAUACAACAGGGGUUCAGCACGGGGAACUUGUAUAGAACAAUGCGAAUUAUGGAUGUCAUCUCCGAAUUCGCUCCCCGAGCCCGAUGGUUGUUGA